AUGCUCCGGGGCAGCACCGACGCCGCCGAUGGCCGAAAUCCAUCUCCGCCUCCCGGGCUGCGCUGGCGGAGCAGCACGCCGGGCUGCCCAGGAGAGGGGGCUGGCUGCCCGACCCGCCAGCGCUUCCCGAGCCUCUCCCGGGACAGGCGGAGCGCUGGGGAGCCGGAGCUGCGCCUCCCCGGCAUGACGUUAUAUGGCAGGGAAUAUCCCUUCGGCCAGUUCGGCCAUCAGAAGCAGGUCUUCGAGACGGUGAGAAAUGUCAAUCAAGUUGUCAAGGAGAGACCCAUGACCCCGUCACCAAUGAAUAUCCCAGGCUCUAACCAGUCCUCUGCUAUGAACUCAGUCAUUUCUAGCUGUGUCAGCACUCCACGUUCCAGUUUCUAUGGGGGAGACAUCUCUAACAUUAUGAUAGACAACAAGACCAAUAGCAUCAUCUUACAGACAGAGUCCUUGGACAAUGGGUCAGCUCUCAGGCGGGAGAAUCUCCUCUUGGAGCGCAAGUUCUUUGAGGAGGAGCAGGAAAGGAAGUUGCGGGAACUGGCAGAAAAGGGAGAACUCCACAGUGGUUCUGUUACACCCACAGGGAGCAUCAUGUCACUGGGAACUCACUCCAGAUUUUCAGAAUUCACUGGAUAUUCAGGAAUGUCUAUCAGCAGUCGCUCCUACCUGCCAGAAAAGCUUCAGAUUGUGAAACCACUAGAAGGUUCUGCCACUUUGCACCACUGGCAGCAGCUGGUUCAGCCUCACUUGGGUGGGAUCCUGGACCCGAGGCCCGGGGUUGUCACUAAGGGCUUCAGGACCCUAGACCUGGACCUGGAUGAAGUGUACUGCCUUAAUGACUAUGAGGAAGAUGAGACAGGUGACAUUUCUUACAAGGGCCUAACUACCUCGACGCCAGUUCAGCACACAGAGACCUCAGGUGAGAGGUCACAAGCACAAGUGAUGGUUUCAGAGAACAAGAAUAACCCCCGCCAAUCUCAGGCUUUCACAGAGGAGAUGCAGGAGUCCGCGACUGACGAUGAUGAGGGGUCUGGUGAGGGAAACUCAUUAAGUCCAGUAAAACUGACAUCUUUACAGGAUUUUGAUUACUGGGCCAUUCUCACAUCUCUUCAGAACAGCAUCCAUAAUAUCGCUUUGUUUGUAGCAUCUGCACGGUAG